GACAGGAUUAUGAAUGGAAAUCAUGACUUGUACCAUGAUCUAGAGGCCCACGUACCAAUGCGGAUUUCUGGCUGUCUCCCCACUCUUGGUUCACGACCCCUAUUCCAUAAGCGAGUGAAGAAUCAAAUAAAGGUCCAAAUCUACACUGUGAUGUAAGCACAAAGAUAAGCGCGUCAACUCUUACCGCAAUGCAUAUCAUCAUUGGCAAAAUGGAAGGGACAAGAAUGACGAAAAGCUUGGCUGGGCAAGAAACCAAGCCUUUUCCCACCAUUGAGUCAGCACCAGAAGUCUUGGCUGCUUCUGGAGGCCGUGACGGGGUUUGUGGCAGUGCUUAAGGUACGAUGUGGAUAAGCGCGUUUAUAUUGGCAACGACAUCGCGACAUGUUGCAAAAGCUUCAUAACACAACAUUUUUCGGACUCUUGUCUCGUUCUGUAUAACCUUCCUCUUACCAAUGACAGCCUCCGCUAACUUAAAGAACCUUGAGAAACAGGUAGGAAUGACAGAUGCAUCAUCUCAUCCUCGGCGAAAGCGUCGUCCAGCACCACGGACUACAACAGGGUGCCUGUGCUGCAGGAUGAGGCGUAAGAAGUGUGACGAGACCAAACCAGAAUGUCUGGGAUGUAUUCGGAAUGGUCUAAUCUGCUCUUUCGGCUCCAAGGCACAUGAUGAUCAUGGGAAGGCGGACACACAGAGAGAUUCGCCUGAGCAGAAUCAAGCACCUUGGCGUACCACGUCCGCCAAAAGAUACCCAUCACUCCAAGUCUGUAGGGCGCCAGGGACUCCAUGGCUAGCAAAACCUGCAUCUCGUCUGCUCUUUGACCACUAUCGCGGUAGAACCGCCGGAAAGCUAGGGGGCAUUACCGGACCCAAGAAUCCCUUCAUUGCAUGCAUCUUGCCUCUUGCGGAAGGGGAUAGCCUUGUGAUGCACAGUCUUCUCGCAUUAAGCGGAUCUCAUAUGAUAAACGGGAAUGACUCCGAGGCUGUAGCGUCCAGUACAUGGAUCCACUAUGGCCUAGCUGUGAGAGGGCUUAAGCAUGCACUUACCGAGAAGGUCGUCAGCAAUCAAGCCGACACGGCAAAACUGCUAGUUACGUGUUUGUUACUCUCGCACGUGGAGAUUAUUGCUGGAAAUGUCAAUGGGGCUGUUCUGCAUCAUCUUCGUGCUAGUCGUCACUUUGUACUCUCACUUUCUAAGGAGUUUGCUAAGCGGAGCGAUACCGAUAUACGAGGUUUUCUUCUCGAGCUUUAUGCUUAUCUAGCGUUAAUCAACAAUGUCACUCUGAACCUGGAAUCCGAAGCCCGACUGAUCCCUUUUGAUCCUUUUAUGUUCUCUCUCAAUUCUCUCGAGGCAUCAAGCAGCUUCGGCGUCAUGUUCGGCUGCGGACACGAGCUGUUUGAAAUGAUUCCUCGUAUCUGCGAACUCGGUGUAGAAUGCCAUAAAGAUAAACUAGGUGUCUUCUCGUCUUCCCGAUCCUCAUACCUCUACGUAGCCUUGGAAGGAAAGAUCAUUGCGUGGCAACCUCCUCUACGAAAUGGAAUUCCGUAUUCCGGUGACUGGCUGAUAGCAGCUGAGAUUUACAGGAGGGCGCUCUUAGUAUUCCUUCACACCACAUUCUACGGUCCUCGAGUCACGGAUCAUCUGCUGAGAUCAUCCGUGGAUGAUGUGAUCGACUCCGUUAUUCCUGUAUUUGAGCAAAUGCUUGGCUGGAUUACGCUGGACGAGAAUGGCAGAACAUGCGAGCCAGCUAUUGCGACGACCCUGCUGUGGCCAUUGACAAUCAUCGGGUCCUGUAUGGUGCAGUAUGAACACCGCGAGUAUCUCCGAACGAUACUCACGACCUCGCAAUAUGAGAUGCAGUCGCUAUCGUGCGUCAUGAAGUUGUUGGAUUGGCUUUGGGAAGACCCGAACGAUUAUGUGUAUGGACCUUAUGGUUUGGAGAUGGUUAUGAAGAAACGCAAAAUGAAUAUUUGUAUUGGCUGAAAACCACCUGCUAGGUUCAGGUGAGAGCGAUCGUGGCAAGUCUGCCAAUUUGGGGGUCCGAGCAUGUGUGAGAAGGUCUAGAUACGAUUGAACUUUGACAG